AUGGAGAGGAUGCAGCAGGUCGUGGGGCGGGCGAGAGCCGCCUUCAACUCGGGCCGGUGCCGCUCGCUGGAGUUCAGGAUGCAGCAGAUGAAGGCCCUGGAGCGGANGGUGCAGGAGGUGGGUGCCUUCAGUGUCCUCCAUCCAGCCUCCCUGUUCUUGCAGUGUGGGCCCAAUGCGUACAGCCAUGAGAUCCUGGGCGUGCUGGGGGAGCUGGCACUGAUGAUGGACAAGCUGCCAUCCUGGGCAGCCCCUGAGCCUGUGAAGAAGAACCUGCUGACCAUGCGGGACGAGGCCUACAUCUGCCGUGAGCCACUGGGAGUGGUGCUGGUCAUCGGUGCCUGGAACUACCCUUUCGUGCUGGUCAUGCAGCCUUUGAUUGGGGCCAUCGCAGCAGGCAACGCUGUGGUGGUGAAGCCGUCGGAGAUCAGCGAGAACACGGCUCAGCUGAUAGCUGAUCUCCUCCCCCAGUACCUUGACCGGGAGCUGUACCCCGUGGUCACUGGAGGAGUACCUGAGACCACGGCGCUGCUGACGCAGAGAUUCGAUCACAUCCUCUACACCGGCAGCUCCUCAGUGGGCAAAAUCGUGAUGGCAGCGGCUGCGCAGCACCUGACGCCCGUCACCCUGGAGCUGGGCGGGAAGAGCCCCUGCUACAUCGACACGGACUGUGACCUGGCUGUUGCCUGCAGGCGGAUAACGUGGGGCAAGUACAUGAACUGUGGGCAAACCUGCAUCGCCCCCGACUACAUCCUCUGCGACCCGUCCAUCCAGAGCAAGGUGGUGGAGAACAUCAAGGCGACUCUGCAGGAGUUCUACGGGGAAGACGUGAAGUCAUCUCCAGAUUACGAAAGGAUCAUCAACAGACGUCACUUCAAGAGGAUCCUGGGCUUGCUGGAAGGGCAGAAGAUCGCUCACGGGGGAGAGGCCGAUGAGGCCUCGUGCUUCAUAGCACCGACUAUCCUCACCGACGUUUCUCCAGAGUCAAAGGUGAUGGAGGAGGAAAUCUUUGGACCGAUCCUGCCCAUUCUGACCGUGAAGAGCGUAGACGAAGCCAUUGAGUUCAUCAACCGUCGGGAGAAGCCCCUUGCCCUGUAUGUCUUCUCCAACAACAAGAAGUUAAUCAAAAGAGUCAUCUCAGAAACCUCCAGUGGGGGUGUUACUGGAAAUGAUGUCAUCAUGCACUUUUUCCUUGCAACGUUACCUUUCGGUGGUGUCGGUAACAGCGGGAUGGGCGCCUACCACGGCAAGCACAGCUUUGAGACCUUCUCCCACCGCCGCUCCUGCUUGAUCAAGGACCUGAAGAUGGAGGGUACAAACAAACUCCGGUACCCACCUGGCAGCCAGAAGAAGGUGGAUUGGGCCAAGUUCUUCCUCUUGAAGCGGUUUAACAAAGGUCGAAUUGGACUGAUCGUCUUAGCCGUGCUGGGAAUUGUGGCAGCAAUGGUGGCAAAGAAUCACCAGUCUGUGCUGAAGAGAAAAGCCCUCUUGAUUAUGCUGGCUCUUCAGAGGCUGGGCGGGCGCAGUGUGUGUUAA